UCUGAGCGAGUCCCGCCUAAACAAUCUCCCUCUGUUUUGUUUUGGUACUGGGGAUAAUGCUCUCUAUGGCUACCUUACCGUCGUCUUCGUAUCUAAGUCUACACUGUUAUAAUGAAAAACUAUUCUCCUAUCCUUUUAUUCCUAGAAGGUUUAGUCGACAGAGAGUCAAUUCUCAAAACUUGAGAUAUUAUACUAUCAACUGCCGGCUUGCUAGCACCAAAGAAUCUUCUUCUAAAAGCCCUGCUACAUUAAUUAGUGAACCACACAAGUAUUUUGAUCAGGUAAUCAUCACCGUUCGUUCAGGAGAUGGGGGACACGGUGCAAUCCUUAGUUUGCCCAAACCAACUGCGGCUAAAUCACAAGGAAAGCAAGCCAAGGAAAAAGCAAGACAGAAAAGCUUAUAUAAGAGAGAUUUUGAUGGAUCACUUAUCCUUCCCAUGGGUGGACCUGGAGCUGAUGUAGUAAUUUAUGCUGAUGAGGGAAAAGACACAUUGUUGGAGUUUCACAAGAAAAGCCGCUAUAAUGCAAAACGUGGUGGAAAUGUUGCUUCCAUGGGUGUUUUAUCUUCCCAAUUACAUGAUGGACUUGCUGCCCCAGCAUUGCGAAUUCCUGUGCCUGUAGGUACAGUUGUAAAGCAUAAGCGAGGGAAGUUGUUGGCUGAUCUUGCCCAUCCAGGUGAUGAAGUACUUGUUGCAAGGGGUGGACAAGGGGGGAUUAGCUUGUUAGAAAUGCCAGAGCAUAGAAGGAAAAAGAUGAUGGCUUUAACCACAAAUGUGAUGAGAGAUGAUAGUGAUAAGGUUUUAAUUCUUGGUCAGCCUGGGGAGGAGGUUAGUCUGGAGUUAAUUUUACGCGUUGUUGCUGAUGUUGGUUUAGUUGGACUUCCAAAUGCUGGAAAAUCCACACUCUUGGCAGCUAUAACACAUGCAAAACCUGAUAUUGCCAACUAUCCUUUCACAACAUUGAUGCCGAACCUUGGGCGCCUUGAUGGUGACCCAACUUUAGGUGCAGGGAGAUUUUCAUCUGAAGCAACAUUAGCAGAUUUGCCUGGUCUCAUAGAAGGUGCUCAUCUGGGGAAGGGUCUUGGUCGGAAUUUUUUGAGGCACCUGAGGAGAACUCGCCUAUUGGUCCACGUUGUUGAUGCAGCUGCUGAGAAUCCUGUGGAUGACUACAGAACUGUCAAAGAAGAAUUACGGAUGUACAAUCCUGAUUACCUAGAACGUCCAUAUCUUGUGGUUCUCAACAAGAUUGACCUUCCUGAGGCGAAGGAUAGACUUACAUCUUUGACUGAUGAAAUACUGAAGAUUGGAAGUGAUAAGGUAACUUCUGAAACAGGAAUGAGCUCGGAGGAUGCUGUACAAUCAUUGUCAACUGAAAGUAGCAAAGAAAAUAUAUCAUCUUCAGGGACUGCAAACAAAGAUAAAAGGGAAAAAGAUAUUGAAGACUAUCCACGCCCCCUUGCUGUUGUUGGUGUUAGUGUCCUGAAAGGCGUCAGGGUUGAUGAGAUGUUGAAGGAGAUUAGGGCUGCCUUAAGAAAAUGCUGAGAUUCCAAUGAAGCACAAGAACUAAGUGUCUCCAUGAGAGUAUAAAUGUUGUAAAAGCCUUUAACUUGCUGUGGUCUGACGAAGUCACUGUUUUUUCUAGUGAAUCUUACCAAUGAUUUAGCUAGAGUGCAUGAGCACUUCAGUCCAUGUUAGCUUCUUGCCACUCCAAAGUUUCAGAGUGCAAACGGGAACACAUCAGUGUCAAAGUUUUGACCUUCUAUCAGAAACUGUACAUAAAAUCAUCCUGGCUAAUUUCUUGUAAUUUUCAUAUCUUUGAUACUUGGAAACAGAUUGAGUCCAACAUAAUUUUUUGACUUCUUAAA